UUGUUUUAUUAGACAAAAAACAGAAUACAAAAGUGUUGGAUUUAUGCCUUUAGUAGUUUACAAAUAUAAGUUUAAUGUAACGACCCACUAGAGUGACAGUCUCCACAACAAUAUUCUAUGGAAAGUCAAGCAAGAGCAAAGAGAGCUGCUUCCUUGGUGGGAAGUGUGGCUUCUGUGGACAGCAAAGGGAAACCAAGAAAUUUUCCAAUAUGGCCAGAGUUCUUAGAAAGUGAUAUCAAUGCAGAGAAAUGGGAGGGAGUUACAAAGGGUAAGGAGAAAGGAAAAAGUCCAAGUUUACAAUUCUUUGAAGAUCCAGAAGGAAGAUUAGAUUUGCCAACCUCCCUUGCUGUAGAAAAUUGGAAACGACCACAGGAUUUCAUGCUGGGUAAGAUUCCUGUUGUUGUUGAAAAUGAAUCCGAGUUUAAUCUUCUUCAAUACAAUGAACAUAUCUGCCAUAGCCAGCUGAUGCGAUCCAUCAUAACACAAGUUACAGCUCUUUGGGAGAUGAACAACAACAAUGUUCCUGACAGUCACCAUUCAAGUGUUGAUGGUGAUCCAGGGUGGAGUCCUUGGGAACAUAUUUACUCUCUAUGUAAAGCAACCAAAGGUCACAUUCCACUUUAUAAUCAAUAUGGGAAGUAUGUGGUUCGUCUAUUUUGGAUGGGACAUUGGAGGAAGAUAGUGGUUGAUGACCAGAUGCCAUUUGAUGCGAACGACCAACUGCUUCUACCAAUCACAACAUCCAACCAUGAGCUGUGGCCACUGCUUCUCACUAAAGCACUUGUGAAGAUUGCUGCUAUUGAUUAUGUCUGCAAUAAUGAUGCUUCAGAAAUUGGAGAUUUCUAUGUGAUACAUGCACUGACAGGCUGGAUACCUGAAGUCAUUCCUAUAAAACAGAGUCCUUCAGAAAAUAUCUGGGAAUUUUUAAAGCAGAGUUUACCCCAAUGGACGUUGCCAGAAACCAAUCCUGCAGAAGAUGAAAAUAAAACUUCAUCUGCAAGUUCCAAGAGAGAGAAUGUGCCUGCACCAACCAACAGUGCAAGUCAUAAGGAGAAAGGAAGUGGCAAAGAUUCAAAAUCGAGAGAAGGAAAAAAGAGAGAUGACAAGGAAAAAAGCAAAUCUGGUUCUCAUUCUGGUAGACCAAUCUCUGCUAAUUCUGCUGCCAAAUCUGCCAUGGAAGAUGAUCCAUCUGUUGCUAAAACCCCAGAGAUGGUUGUGUUUGCUUCGUUUAACUCUUCAUGUGAUUCACCCACCUCACUUACUGAGCUACGACAGAUGGCGGACAUAAGCCAAAAACUGAGAAAAGUUGGUUUGUCGUAUCUUCAUUCCCACUCAGUGUAUGUAAAACAAAGUCGAUCUUGUCCAUUAGUAGCGACACCACCUGAAGUUCCCAUCCCAAAGUGGAAACUUAUCCGACCAAAGAAAACAUUUGUGACGCCACAUGACCAACCAAAACCAAAGGAAAAAGCCCCGGAUCCAGAAAUGUGGCUCAACAUAUCUACAGCACUCUUAGGCCACACUAUCCGUCCUUUACCAGUAGAUACUACAACAUCUCGUCCACAUUCAAGAGUGUCUUCCCCACUCACAGAGAUCAAUGAAAGAGGCAAAAAUAUAAGGUUUUCUCAAAACUCCAUGCACAAUGGUGAGUCAGAAUCUGCUUCUCCAAGAGAAGAUGGUACAGAGAAUAAAUCAAACGUAAAUUCACCGGAAAAUGUUGAAGGCAAUGCAGAAGAUCAAAUGUCUGAGGGUAAUGAAUCUACUGACCAACCAGCGAAGCCUGUAGCAGAACAAAGUACUUGGAUUCAUUUCUACGACUUUUGUCAAUGCUUUAAAGAUCUAACAAUCUUCCACAAGACAUCAACAUACACAUACAACCACACUGUGACUGAACUCAAACCAGCAGCACUUAAUGCUGGCGCUGGAGCCAACACUGGGGGUAGUAGCAGCAAGAAAGGCUCAGCCCAGCUCACUCAAGCUUCAUCAAACACAAAUGUUUUAAAAUCUGGGUUGCCAAGUGCCAUAACACCCAAGUCUUAUGAGGGUUACCCUAUUGAAGACAGAGUACCAAGUUUUCUGUUUGUGGAUAGUUUAAAACAGAUACAACUGAUAAUCAACUACUCUGUAUUGCCAAGAUGGGCAGGACUUGAAGAGAAAAGAAUGUCAGAUCGCGAGUCGAUAGCUGAUGCUUCUGAUGCGCCAAGUGUGAAGCAGGAUAACCAGAGUUGCAACUCAGGUUUGUUAGUUGCUGAACCUUAUUCUUGGAAGACUCUGAUCAAAGGACAACCAGUUAUCAGGAUCCGCACAACAGGAACAAAAGCAGCUUGUGUGUCUCUACCACCAGGAAGACAUGUUUUACAACUUACAUUCAAUUCUCCGCUUGGAUUUCACCUUACUGUGUGUUCCAAUACCAAGUUUACAUACGGAGAUGAAGAAACAGUGAUGGUGCCAUUACAAAAUGAGAGUUGUAGGUUUGUGGCAGUUGCUGAUAAUAUAAUGACCGCUCUUGGAAAAUGCAUUGAAAGUUUUGGAAACACUGAGAAUUGGUUAAAAGCAAGACAAGAGCUCCAUAAUGCUCAUAUGCCGUAUACUGCUAAGAAUACGAAGCAACUUAAAGAGCAUUACAAGGCUUGGAAAUCAGCUCUCUACCAAACAUUCUCUAGCGUUUCUGAAAACAAAAUUCCAGACCUUGACUUUGUGUUUCGAUGCUUUACACUGGACUGUGAGUUUGACUCACUGCAAGGCGAUGCUAAAGCUUCUCCUGAAGUCCCGGAAGUAUGGAAGAGCAAAUCUGCCUCCCCAUUGGAAGAGGAUGCGGUCACCACCCUCCAGAAGCACUGGAAGUCAUUAUAUGUGAGAAGAAUAAGAAGAGGACACAAAGAUGAUACUUCAGAGGAGCACACAUCGGUCAAAGAAGGGUUAACCAUUAUAUGGACAGGAAUGCUGGCUGAUAUACAAGCUCAAGGCUUAUCUUUGUUGAGGUCAAUGAUGGAUGAAAACAGUGAAAUAAUGAAGAAUUAUUCGUUUAAUGACGAUGAAUGGAACAGGAUUUGUCUGGCUGAUUACCAAGGAACUUAUCCUGACCAACCAGCCAAAACAUGGUUUGUCGUAUUCAGAGAAGUGUUUUACGUUGAAAGUGAUGUGCUCUGCGUGCCAAAGUUGUUCAUACCAGCGGUGCCUACAUGCGUUUUGCGCAUUGUGGACAACGAUACUGGCAGCGAGAUCAAGAGAGUUUUCCAGAAAGUAGAACCUCAUGUUUAUAGGAAGAAUAAGCGAGGUUAUACCUUCAUGGUCGAGGCCCGUACCUUGGAUCUUCCACUAACAACAGGGAAAUGGAGAAUGAAACUUAUCGGAUCCAGAAAGCCACUUCCAUCUCCAUUCUCUGGGCAGAUCAACAGCCAGUUCAAUGUGAAAGAAAUAAGGGAUUACUACAUACCAAACAAACUGAAUAUCCUUCUAAGAUACCACAUGGAAGUAUCAGCAAAUCACAUUGGAAGUGUUCAACUGGAGACUUCAAAACCAGAUGUCUACAUCAAGCUUCAGGUCUUGGACAAUGAAGAGGAAGUUAUAUCAGUGAGUGGGAAGGGACAUUGCGUGAUACCGGCGUUUUAUUUCAUCACCAACAAUGUGGUUGAAGUUAUCCAAGAACCUUUGUUGAACAAGUUGCCACAAGCAAGCAAACAGAAUGUUCAAGUUUCAGACAAAAAGAGGGGAGGUUCAGCAAAAAGCAAAGAUGGAAAACAUUCACCAAAAGAUGUUCGUAAAGAAGUUGAGUUAAAGCCACAAGUUAUGAAACCCGAAAUAUUUGAAGAUCCAACUAUUAAACAUCACUACACCAUACAAGCAUUGGUUGAACACAAUAGUUGGCCACUGUCUGAAACCCAGCUUGGUUUUGUACAAAAACUUCGUGAUCAGGAAAAGGAAGAAUUGAAGGCUUUUUCAGUCCCGAAAGAUCGUCCUACAUCGGGAAACAAAGGAACAGAUCGUCAAUCAGGAGGAGGAAGCAAACCUGCUGCUGAAAAGUCCAAGAAGGGAGGCAAGGGAUCAGAUAAAGGAGGAAAAGAUAAAAAGAUUCCAGAUAAAGAUUCGCGCCCUCCAUCUCAGAACACCUAUGAUGGAACACAAGCUUUCUGGGCUCUCCGGUUUGUCAGCAACCAAGAACAAGCAGAAGAGGUGACAUUGAAGCGCGAUAAUCAACGACAAGAGGAGAUUCGUGCGAUGAAGUUGGCUUGGGAGGCUGCUGAACCUGGGAGAGCAGUGAAGGCAAUGCAAUCACGUCUAUCAUACCUAAGCAAGCUGAAACCACAAGAGCCACCAGCUCCUGAGGAGAAUGCAGAAGUAAAUGAAGAUGGAGAACCAAUAGAAGUUCCCCCUCCUCUUCCACCUCCCAAGAAUCCAAUUGUGGACAUCUCUAGCUUUUACAGACCAAAAGAUUCAACUUCAUCAAGAAAAUAUUUCGACAAACUCAAACUGGAGGAGAAACAGAAUUUGAAAUUGAGCGAGCAGAUUCGUCGCCACCAGGAAGCGAGAAAGAGGUCACUCGCUUUCCGGGACGAAAAUCGGAAUUUCAGAUUACGAUCAAAGGAGCAGCAGAUAGAGGCUUGUCAUGAAAUGCAGGAACAGUUGGAUAAAAGCAGAGCACGUUUGUUGCAGCCAAGAGAGGAUUACCGGCAGCACUUACUUGAUGAGAAGAGAGCAAAAGAAGAAGAGUUAAAUGAAAUCGCUGCCGCCUCUCUCCCCCCCAGCCCAGACGGCAAACGAAAAAGUGCAGGAAAAAAGAAAUAAAAUUCGGAACGACAUAAAAUAAAGGAUGUACAGACACAGUAGUUCAUUUUUACGCUCUUUUUCAGCCUUGUUGUACAGUGCAUGUGUUUAUAUGAUUUGUGAAGAAACUAUUGUCGGUUACAUCUGAUACCACCUCUUGUUUUUGUACUUGUGCAUGACCUAUACAAAUAAAGAUAGAUAUUUAUUUAAAUGAAAA